CCUUACCCGGCCCAUUCAGGCCCAUACCGCUCCCUCAAAUCCCACUCUUCUUCCCCAUUUACUUCUCUCACUUCUCAAUUCGUACUUUCACGCUUCAGUUUCCUCUCCCCCCAAUCAGUCUCCCCCUUCAAUGGAGCCGCCGUCGAUCGAGCACUUGGCCGACGACCUACAGAGCGUGAGCUUCACUUCCACCGGAACCGGAACCACCGCCACGCUCCACCGCAGCACGAGCUCCUGCUCCUCGUCGUCGGCAUCCACUCUCACACCCGCUCCUUCCGCCCACACUUCCUUCUCUUCCAAGACGGCCCCCAAAAAGCAGCCGCAGCUGACGUUCUCGGAUCUCCGAUUCACCCUCCGCCUCGGAUCCGGCGACAUCGGCUCCGUCUACCUGGCCGAGCUCAAGAAAUCGACGUCCACCGCCGACGCCAGCGGCGACGAAAUCGCGAUUUUCGCGGCGAAGGUGAUGGACAAGAAGGAGCUGGUGAGCAGGAACAAGGAAGGGAGGGCGAGGACGGAGAAGGAGAUUCUGGAAAUGCUGGACCAUCCGUUCCUCCCGGCGCUCCACGCCGGCAUCGAGUCGCCAAGGUGGAUGUGCCUGCUGACGGAGUUCUGCCCCGGCGGCGACCUCCACGUGCUCCGCCAGCGCCAGCCGCUCAAACGGUUCGACGAAACCGCCGUCAGGUUUUACGCAUCAGAAGUAGUGGUGGCGUUGGAGUACCUUCACAUGUUGGGAAUCGUCUACCGCGACCUGAAGCCGGAGAACGUCCUCGUCCGUGCCGACGGCCACAUAAUGCUUACCGAUUUCGACCUCUCCUUAAAAUGCGACGACACCGUUUCAACCCCGCUAGUAAUCCUCUCCACCCAGAACCCGCCGGCCGGAGUCGCAUUACUUCCCAACAACAAAACAGACUUCGCCGCCGCCGAUCACCGCCCAAAUUUCACUUCCUCCUCGUGCAUCAUCCCCAACUGCAUGGUCCCGGCCGUCUCCUGCUUCCACCCAAUGCGCAAGCGAAAGAAGAAGACAAACCAACGAGCCGGGCCCGAAUUCGUCGCCGAGCCUGUCGACGUCCGGUCCAUGUCGUUCGUCGGCACCCACGAGUACCUCGCGCCGGAGAUCGUGUCCGGGGAAGGACACGGCAGCGCGGUGGACUGGUGGACGCUGGGUAUAUUCAUGUACGAGAUGGUCUACGGCGUGACGCCUUUCAAAGGCAUGGACCACGAGCUGACGCUGGCUAACAUUGUGGCCCGGGCGCUGGAGUUCCCCAAGGAGCCCGCCGUGCCGGCGGCGGCGAAGGACCUGAUUUCGCAGCUGCUGGCGAAGGAUCCGGCGAGGCGGUUGGGUUCGACGAUGGGGGCGUCGGCGAUUAAGCACCACGCGUUUUUCCAAGGGGUGAAUUGGGCUUUGUUGAGGUGCACGAAACCGCCGUAUGUGCCGCCGCCGUUUAGCAGGGAUGUUGUGUCGGACGAUAGUUGCCCCGAGACACCGGUUGAGUAUUAUUAAAUCAAAUAAUCAUAAGUUAUGUAUAAAAAUUAUUAGAAGGAAAAAUUGGCUAGAGGAAAGGAAAAUGAAAUUUCCCCACUGCGUAUAUUCGUCGGUCGAUUCCGGUGUUCAUUUCUCUUUCAAUUUGUUCUUGUUCUAGCGGUAAAUAUUUGCAGUGGUUGUAAAGAUGCAGAAGAUGGUUAUAGUGGAGUGGAAGGGUUGGUUUUUGAAACCAUAAGGUGAAAGAGUGUAAUACAAAAGCUCACGUUCAAAGCAAUGGCAGAUCUAACUACAUGUAAAACUUGUCAUAAAUUUAAGAGAUCGAAAGAACGCGAAGAAGGAUGGAAUUUAUUUACUGUAAAAAAGUUUUGGA